AAGGAACCCCGGGUCGUUCAUCAUGGUGGCCGACCCGCCCAAGGGAGACCCCAAGGGGCUGGCUGCGGCGGAGCCCAUUGUGAGGGGUGUCCCAGCGUUGGUCCCCAAGGAGGACCCAGACGCGGCAGGAGGCAGCAGCUCCUGGGGCCGGGUGCGCCGCUGCCUUCGCGCCAACCUGCUGGUGCUGCUGACUGUGGUGGCCGUGGUGGCGGGCGUGGCGUUGGGGCUGGGGCUGUCAGCGGCCAGAGACGCGGUAGCGCUGGACCCCUCGCGGAUGGUGGCCUUCGCCUUCCCCGGUGAGCUGCUGCUGCGCAUGCUGCGGAUGAUCAUCUUGCCGCUGGUGGUGUGCAGUCUGAUCGGCGGCGCCGCCAGUCUGGACCCGAGCGCGCUCGGCCGCCUGGGUGCCUGGGCGCUGCUCUUUUUCCUGGUCACCACACUGAUAGCCUCCGCUCUCGGCGUGAGCUUGGCGCUGGCUCUGCAGCCCGGCGCCGCCCUUGCGGCCGCGAACGCCUCGGCCGGGAUCAACCCCCCUCAGGAAGAAGCUCAGAGCAAGGAGGUGCUGGAUUCCUUCCUGGAUCUUUUGAGAAAUAUCUUCCCCUCCAACCUGGUGUCAGCAGCCUUCCGCUCAUACUCGACCACCUAUCAAAAGAAAAACUUCAAUGUAACUGAGGUGAAGGUCCGUAUGGGGGAUGAGGUGGAGGGUAUGAACAUCCUGGGCCUGGUGGUGUUUGCCAUCGUCUUUGGUGUGUGCCUGCGGAAGCUGGGGCCGGAGGGAGAGCUGCUCAUCUGCUUCUUCAACUCCUUCAACGAUGCCACCAUGUUGCUGGUCUCCUGGAUCAUGUGGUAUGCCCCGGUGGGCGUCUUGUUCCUGGUGGCCAGCAAGAUUGUGGAGAUGGAGGACGUGGGGUUGCUGUUCGCCAGCCUCGGCAAAUACAUCCUGUGCUGUCUGCUGGGCCACGCCAUCCACGGGCUCCUGGUGCUGCCCCUCAUCUACUUCGUCUUCACUCGGAAGAACCCCUACCGCUUCCUGUGGGGCAUCACCGCAGCGCUGGCCACCGCCUUCGGGACCUCCUCCAGCUCUGCCACUUUACCGCUGAUGAUGAAGUACGUGGAGGAGAAUGGCGUCUCUAAGCACAUCAGCCGCUUCAUCCUGCCCAUCGGUGCCACUGUCAACAUGGAUGGUGCCGCACUCUUCCAGUGUGUGGCUGCAGUGUUCAUUGCACAGCUCAACCAGCAACACUUGAAUUUCGUGCAGAUCAUCACCAUCCUGGUCACCGCCACGGCGUCCAGCGUGGGUGCCGCGGGCAUCCCUGCUGGAGGUGUCCUCACUCUGGCCAUCAUCCUCGAGGCGGUCAGCCUGCCGGUUGACAUCUCCUUGAUCCUGGCUGUGGACUGGCUAGUGGACCGGUCCUGUACCGUCCUCAAUGUGGAAGGAGACGCCUUUGGGGCGGCACUUCUCCAACAUUACGUGGAUCGGACAAAGCGUCAGAGCUCAGUGCCCGAGUUGAUCAACGUGAAGAGUGAGUCAUCUGUGGCUCCACUGCCAAUACCCAUCGAGGAGGGGAACCCCCUCCUCAAACCCUAUUCACGACCUGCUGGGGAUGCUAACAACUUUGAGAAGGAAUCAGUCAUGUAAGCCCCAGUAGGUACCUUCCCUGCUCUGAUGGGGCACUUUGGACAAUGGGAUCAUGAGAUGGAUAAACAUGAAGUAGGGCUCUGGAAGCCCUGCCCGUACCCUCCAGGGAGCCAGGGCCCCCAGCCUUCCUCCCUAACCCCGGAUUUGAGAGGACUUGCUGCUGGGAUAUAUGUGUGUGUGGGUGUGAAUGUCUCUCCAGAUCUCCCUUGUCCUCAACUCCUGCCUCCACCCAAGGUUAGGAACCAGCAAGAUGGAGAAGUAGAGUCCUCCACGCCUCAUCCUGGGAGCCUGCCUGGCCUCCCCAUCUCAGGACACAAGGCACAGGGCGCCACAUCCUUUGAUAGGAUGUUCUGACAUGCACUGGCUCCUUUGCUGGUUAUUUUGGUGGCUGUGCUGUGUGUGUGUGUGUGUGUGUGUGUGUGUGUGUGUGUGUGUGUGGGUGCUGUGACUCCAUGGUAUGUCCUACCCUGUCCGAGGAACUUGGGGUAGGGAGCGACUGAGGACAAACACUGCUGUCACUCCAGAGGACACUUUUUAGCAAUAACACUGUCAACUGUAUCUAAUCAAAUGUAUUUAAGAAUUUUACACUGGCCACGCAGAAAUAAACAAAAAACAAACAGGAUAAAUUGGACUUUGUGGAAAUGUCUAUCAACACCGCGAGCAACUACCAUGAGAUGCCACUACGCAUGCCUGCCGGGACGGCAACAAAAAAAAACGGCACGUGCUGACGGGGAUGUGGAGCAGCUGGACAGCCCCUGCAUUUCUGCUGGCGAUGCAGAAUGGUCCAGUCACUUUGGAAAAUGGCUAGGCAGGCUUUUUAUUGUUUAUUUUUAGAGAGAGGAAGA